AAGGGCUGCAACGACUGACCUUAUGCAGGAGGUCCCAGUGUGUCUGUCACGGGUAUUCAAGUCUCGAGGAAUUUACAAUGUGGAAGCGCCUUAAAGUAGGCAAAAGCGCCGGUUCAAAUGAUCCGUUGGGCUGGACACCGACUUCGUUCCCGAGUUUGGAGAAAGGCUCAGCAUCCCCAGAGCCCACAUCAGAUAUCCAAGUGCCGGAAGGCAACCUGCCAUUAACGGAUCGGACAGUCAAAACUGCCACGGACGCGUCCCUUUCAGCGACUUCACAAUCACCACUUUCCGCGAUUCGUUCCCUGUUAUCUUCAUCGGGGCAGCGGCAGCAGUCGCAAGAUCGAAGAAAUGACCCCCACGGGCUUUUGGUUUUGCACACGCCACCAAACCGCACAUUGGACGUCAUAUUUAUCCAUGGCCUCGGGGGGUCCAGCCUGCAGACGUGGUGCUUUGACAGAAACCUGGACAAUCUGUGGCCUAAGUUGUGGCUUCCGGUCGAGCUACCAACGGCUCGUGUCCUCACAUUCGGCUACGACUCUCACUUCUUGUCCAGAAAGAAACAAGCGUCUUGUGGCAUCGGUGACUUCGCGACCGAUCUCCUCUUUCGUCUGAAAUAUAGUGAGAACACCGCAGAACGCCUCGGCGAGGUCCCCAUCGUCAUCGUCACCCACUCGAUGGGCGGCUUAGUGUUCAAAAAAGCCUUCGUACAAGGGCAUCUGAAUCCCGAGUUUAGCGGCAUCGUCUCCAUGAUCAAGGCCGUAUUGUUCCUCGCUACCCCUCACCGAGGGACCGAUCUUGCUACGGUUCUUAAUCGGCUCCUUUCGACCUCCAUCCUCGGUCACUCCCCGAAAAAGUAUAUCACCGAGCUGGCACGCAGAAGCCCAACCAUUGACGAACUAAACGAGUCCUUCCGGCACAUUGCCCCGAAACUCCGAAUAUUCUCAUUUUAUGAAACACUCGUCACUGCCGUCGGCCCUACGUCAGUAACCAUCGUCGACAAAGCUACGGCUGUUAUGGGUUAUCCAGAUGAGAUACAAAUACCUCUUGUCGCCAACCACCAUGACGUGUGCAAGUUCUCCAACGCAAAGGACGCAAACUACACCUCCGUAAUUGGGGCGCUCCGUAGCAUUGUUGGCUCUGUCGUCUCCACGGUCAAUGCUGCCGUGCCUGAGGAAAACUCACAUUACCUAACGGACAUGUUGAGUGUGGCUGGCCCGCCCAAAGAAGACCUUCAGAUUACCCGUUCCGCUAGAAAGCAGGGCCUCUGUGAUAGUCUAUGGUCAACCGAGGAGAUGAACAGGUGGCUCUGUUCCGAAACACCCCAGAUCCUGUGGAUCCACUCUCCACCGGGUUGCGGAAAGUCAACACUUUGUUCGUUGGUUAUUGAGCGUCUUCUAGAAGCUGGCCACCAUUGCUGCUACUUUUUCUUCAAGUACGGCCAGCGCGAAAAGCAAUCAACCAAUACCGUCUUGCGCUCCAUUGCCUACCAAACCGCCCUAGGACUGCCCGGAUUUCAUCGGACCCUGGUUGAUAUCGCAAAAUCGGGGGUGAAGCUUCAGACCGCAGACCCUUCUGCCAUCUGGGAGAAAUUAUUUUCCACUAAACUUACCGAUGCUGGGGCGGAAGAUACGAUAUAUUGGGUCCUUGACGGCCUUGACGAAGCAGACUCCAGCAAGCGGGUGGUAGAGUUCAUGUCGCGUGUCGGCGAUUUCGGGAGUUGUGUCCGAGUCCUCAUCCUUAGCCGGCCUCUCCCAAACAUCCGCCAGGAAUUUGAGGUGGCAAAAAAAAGGAUAGAGGUCCUUGACCUACCCCUGCCCGACAAUCAGAACGAUAUCCGCUCGAUGGUGGCUCAAAGGAUCAAUCACCUCCCCCCAGGCAUCCCUCUAAAGGUCCAAAUUGUGAGCGAGAUUGUCACACGAUCACAAGGAAACUUUCUUUGGGCCAGUCUUGUGGCCCAAAGCUUGGUCAACUGCCGUCGUGAGGAUCAAGUCAGGCGGCUUCUGAGUUCUACCCCGGAUGGCAUGCACGACCUGUAUGACCGAAUGACAGAUACCAUCCUGGGUCUCCCAUUUGACGAAGACAAGGCACUGGCCAAGGUUUUACUUAUCUGGGCCAUGUACGCCAGUAGCCCGCCAACUGUGGAAGAACUCACAGAAGCCUAUCCCACGGAAUUCGAAGGAAUUCUAGACCUCAAUCACACCAUCGCGCACGUGUGUGGGCAAUUUGUUGUGCUCAACCCCCAGAGACAAAUAACUCUCGUACACCAUUCCGCGCGUGAGUACCUCGAGAGGGCGGAACGGCGGCCCUACACCCUGAACGCGCAACAGGCGCAUGAGGAAUGCUUACAAAAGUGUUUUACCACCCUCUGCGACUCGGCGUUGAGACGCAAGCUUCAGAAGCUGCAACCACCCCAGUUUCUCCCGUACGCUGCCAUAUCGUGGCCUUUACACCUCCGAGGUUGCUCAUUAGACUCGGAUCAAGUUCUGGACCUUCUCGUCAGGUUUCUGAGUGGGCCCCAUCCGCUCGCUUGGAUUCAAUAUCUCGCAAUGAGCAAUCGUCUUUCCGAGCUCCUGGGUGCUUCUCGCGAGUUGACGGCGUAUGUGAGGAGCCGAAGAACGGCCAAUAAACACAAGCCUCUAAUGGAUCGCCGGCUCUCCGACCUCUCACUCAUCGGGUACUGGGCAACCGACUUGAUGAAGAUCCCGUCCAAAUUUGGUUCUUACCUCACCGAGCAACCAUCCAUGAUAUAUCAGUGCCUUCCCGCCUUCUGUCCGACCUCCUCCAUUAUGCAUCGCAAGUUCAACCAAAACCCCGCUUCAAAACUUACCGUUUCGGGGCUCUCCUACACGCUGUGGGAUGACCGUCUCGCUCGCGUGUCCGGCGGCCCUGGUCAAGCCCAUCAACUCGCCAACUCCAUGCGAUGCCUAGCAGUGGCAAACAAUGACCCGAUUGGCACCGUUACUGUAUGGGAUACCACCCUCUUUGACGAACUGAAAGUCUUCUCGAUCGGUGAAUACGUUUCAGCUCUUACCUUCAACAGCUCCGGCGCGCUAUUGGCGUGCUAUUCCUCCUCAAAGACGUUCGUCUGGGAUGUCACCGAUUGGUCGCUCCAAAUAUCCGCGGAAAACCCUCCGAUGGACGACGUUCUUGAAUUCAGGUUCGAUGAACACGAUGCACUCAUGAUGGUUACAGAGUUCCGGCAACUUCAUACAUUGGCGACAAUGACCACCCAAGUUGCACCAGCGUGGGAAAAGCAAGACCCAACAUUGCUCAGCGAGCCUUUUGCGAGUCCGUCCUGCGUGGCCUUUAACGCUGACUGUACGCAAAUUGCGAUUUCCUAUGCCCACUUUCCCGUUUCUAUAUGGUCCGUAGAACCGCCGGAGAUGGUCGCACGGCUCAAAAACAAUUCGCCACACGAGCAGCGCCCCAUGGCUUCGUAUACGGGAACCAGCAAAGUGGUGUGGCACCCGUCCGGUACCCAAGUUCUUUGCAUCUAUGGGACCGCUUUUAGGUGGAACUUCGAGACAGACGUGUAUAAAGAGGUCGACGACGACACCAACAGCACCCACCACGACAUUGCAUGCAGCCCAAACGGACGUGUUUUCAUAACGAUGAACGGCACAAGCUCCAUUGGAAUUUACGACUUCUCAUCGAUGUCACUCCUAUACAGGUUCAGUACCGAGGGCUCCAGCCACCGUAUCCACUUUGGUUUCGACAGCACUCAAAUCUACAACCUGGAAGGAUCUUACUGCAACAUUUGGGAACCCCACUGCCUCCUCGCCUUUGCUGGUGAGGCAUCCGACCCAGUCGAAGACGGUGAUAUGCAGGUCUCAGUUGACAGUUUCUUGUGUGACCCGGAUGAGGCCCCGGACGCCUCCAUCUCUCUCGCCGGUCCCGUGGCCGAAAUAGAAAACAGGGCAGCUGUUAGGGAUGUUAGGCCAGGACUAGCGAGCAACGGAUUGCUGGUCGGCUACACAACCCAUGACGGGUCCGUGAACAUUUACGACACGACAAGCAACCGGAAGCAUGAGAUUGACAAAAUCGACUUCGCCAUCAAGGUCGACCGGUUAGCUUGGAGCCCUAAGUACGACCGGAUGGCCUACUCGAUAAUCAAUGGGGCCACGGCUGUGGUGGCCAUCUCGACCCCCGUUGACCCCAAGGGCGGACCAUCAGUCUCAAAGGAGGUCGUGUACAUGGAUAAAGGUUGGAACACGGACCGCGGACGAACACACCGAAUUGUUUUCCACGGCACAGAUAACCGGCUGCUAAUAUCGGGCAGAGACCAAUGCCAGGUCCUCCGCCUACCCCAGGGGGAUAUACUAGCUAAACAACAGCACGAGGGUCACCGAGACUGUCUGGAGUGGCAGCGACACCCUUCGGAGCUUGAACACCUCCUCCGCUUCACUUCAUGCGCCGUCACGAUCCUGUCAUGGGAACACCUCGAAGAAAAAGCCUCAAUCCCCCUCGACCUUACCAGUUCUGCGCCUGGAAUAGACGACGGUAGCCAACCACCCGUCAACCUCGAUGCCAUCCUCGACAACCACUGCCGCCGAUACCUCCUGCUCCGCACGUUCACCAUGGUCCGCAACAGCCCCCGAUACAGUUUUGCAAUCCUCUCAGGCAAAGAAGUCUAUUCCCGCACCGCCGACAGCCUAGUAUCUUCUCCCACGCCGCUCGAGCCCGACCAAAUCCCCAGCAUCAAGCCACUUCCCAUCCCGCCAUCUCUCGCCUCGAGAAUAACCCACCCACUCGGUAUCCUCCCCGACGGUCUGCUGGUGUUCCUCGACCGCCAGCUUUGGCUCUGCACCACCACGUUGCCGCGUCCAACCUUCACGUCGGACAGCUCAGCGAGAGACGGCACAACUGAUUUCCAGCCUAAUGUGACACGACAUUUCUUUGUGCCUCAGGACUGGGUGACAGAAGAGGGGCUGCGGAUGUGUCGGGUCUUGAAAGACGGGACGGUGGUGUGCCCUUCAAACGGGGAGGUUGCGGUUUUGAAAGGGGGUCUUGUCCAGGAUUCGUGGGUUUAGUUGUAUUAUGGACGUGUUUUGCGCGAUUACUUACCAGGCGGCGAGAGGGCCAAAUCCACAUGCCAUCACGUUAGCCCUUUUUCCCAACCUCUAUUUCACGCCCGGGAGACUCAACUUCAAGCCAAGGUGCGGUUCGAAGCAUGUAUGAUCCACGGAUGGAAGAAGGGACUGAUGCAGCAAGCAACCGCGGUCAACAGUUACCCUCGCGAGCCUAG